ACGAAAAAAAGGAGAGAGAGAGAAGAGAAGAAAGAUAAAAAAAAAGAAAAAAGAAGAAGAGAAAAGGAUAAACAAGAACAGAAGAAUAGAUUCAAAAUCGAAGCCAAAUGAUUCUUCAAUUCCUCUUUAUUCACCUCCUUCGCCUUCUGUUUCUGUGGCGCCAGGUCGAAGCAGCAGGCGCUCCAGUGUUGCCAAGCCUGCUGCCUCUGAUGACGACGACGCUGGUGGGGCCGGCGGAGGAGGAGGCCGAAGACAGGCCUACGCCCCGGGCUGUCUUUACCUUGCAGAACAACACGGAACUGAGGUCCCAAGUUGGCACGACGGCAGUGUUGCAUUGUGUGGCGGAGCAUGUCGGCGAGAAUUUGGUAUCGUGGAUAAGGAGGAGGGACUACCACCUCCUCACUGUUGGUACCCAUGUCUACAGCAGCGACGACAGAUUCCAAGUUCGCUAUAUCAAGGAGAAAAACGACUGGCAACUUCACAUCCGCUACGUGCAGGUGCGAGACGACGGUGCCUACGAGUGCCAGGUGUCAUCGCAUCCGCCCGUCAGUCUCCUAGCCACGCUGCGGGUCCUCGUCCAACAUCUUCCCUUGCAGUUCCGGAACUUGGAGAAGCAGAGACUCGGGAAGAUCACCAUAUUCAAGGCACAUGGCUACGACAUGUCCGAACACAACAUCGCUGACCUUGGCUUCGAGUUCACGUUGUCCGAUAAGGUGGUACGCGACCAGUUCGUCCUCGAAAUGGUGAACCACAAGGACGGCCUCAAGUCCAUGUUGAGUAGCACCUCGCAGAACUUCGAGUGUAAUGGACACUUUGACUUCACCGAGCUACUCAAACUAAGGGAUGACACGGCAACUAUUAUUAAGACCUUUAUCGAGAGAGACAUCCGCGUGGAGCUGACCUUCGGCGUGCGGGUGAUGACCGCUCACCACUACACCACCAUGGCUGUGCUGACCGGGCCCUUCCGACCCAUCUGCCUGGAGCCGCCCACUGUAAGGUCGCUGUACGGUAUAGUGCCCAGCGUGUACUCGACACAGACCGGGGUGGAGGAAUUGUACAAAGCGGAGAUGGCGACGCACAGGAUCGUGAACGAGACGUGGCCUCACCGCCCUCAGGUGCUGGAGGUGGAGGUGUACCACUCGCGGACGCUCCUCCACUCAGCGGUCCACCUCUACGCCGAGAGCCCCCGAGGACGCCAUCUGGUGGCCAUUUCUCACACUGUGGACAACUCGACGAUCCCAACGCCACAGGACCUCGCUUAUACUAAUGAUAGUGGCCACAACUUCCGCACGAUCUCCCUGAACCCGAGACGAGGGGAGAGGGCCAUGGUCAUCAAAACGCAUGAGGGCGACUGGGCGUUGGUCACGGCCGAGUGGGCGGGCCUGUGCAAUGGUAUACCUUCAGGUGAGGAAGGAAUAAUGUCCUCGUCGGAUUCGCACAGCAAGCUGAGAGGAGAACUGGGUCGCGGGAACGGCAUCCCAUCGAGCGGUUCGUCCAAAGACCUGAAUGGUUCGCAAGUGACCCUCGACUCCUCCUCGCCAGGAGUAGUAGGAGUAGCAUCAGGAGGAGGCGCUGGUGGUGGAGGAGGAGGAGGAGGUAGCAACGCGGUCUCAUCCAGUAGUCCCGUAGUGCCCGAUGCCUUUUCUGCAGCUGGCGAGGCCCGUGGGCGGCCAGGCUCGCCCGGUCACCUCCUGCUGCACAUCCACCACCUGCGGCAGUUCCAGUACCGCUCCGUCAUCCUGCCGUACGAGCGGCGGGAGUACACCUUCUGUCUCGGGGGCGUCACCAUCGACAUGGAGAGAGGCGUGCUUGAGGUGGGCCUCGGCAACCCGUCUCUGGUGGAGAACAUCUCGCUGGCCCUGAGUGCCGCCGUGCUGCACGUGCUGUGCCAGCCCCGCCCGGACCGCCCCGUCGUCGGCCAGACCAACCGCAUCCCCGUCGAGAAGCUGAGCCUGCUGCACGCCCUCGGCUACUUCGCUGACUCCACGCCGCACAACUCCUUCCUCAGGUCGUGCACGGGAGACGGCUGCGGCGGCUGCGGGUCCUGCGGCGGCUGCGGGGGCUGUGGAGGCUGCGGGGGCUGUGGGGGCUGUGGGGGUUGCGGGGGCUGUGGCGGCUGCGGGGGUUAA